GUUUACUUCGUAAAAUGUAUAAUAUCAAUGUGGCAGGUGGUAUAUGAGGAAAAUAACUGACCUAUUUUGAAAAAUUUUAGGAGGAGUUCUACCAACAAUAGCAAAUAUGCCAGAAAAAACCUCCUGUUAUGCUGUUUUGGAAGGAAAAUAUAUCCUUCAUAAAACAUUAGGCACAGGAGGUUUUGCUAAAGUAAAACUUGCAACUCAUGUACUUACUGGUGAGAAAGUGGCAAUUAAAAUCAUGAAUAAAGCAUCCCUAGGAGAUGAUCUCCCUAGGGUACAGCUAGAAAUUGAAGCAUUGAAAAUAUUAAAUCAUCCUAAUAUCUGCAAACUAUAUCAAGUCAUUGAAACAGAGAAGAAUUAUUUUAUAGUUUUAGAGUAUUGUCCUGGAGGAGAGUUGUUUGAUUAUAUUAUUGAGAGAGAUCGUGUUACAGAGAAGGAAGCAAGAGUUUUUUUCAGACAAAUAAUUGCUGCUGUUGCUUUCAUCCAUGAAAAAGGCUAUGCUCAUCGUGAUUUAAAACCAGAAAACCUUUUGUUGGAUAAUGAACAAAACUUAAAAUUAAUAGAUUUUGGACUGUGCGCUAAGCCUAAAACUGGAAUGCAACAACAACUUGAGACUUGCUGUGGAAGUCCAGCAUAUGCUGCUCCUGAGCUGAUCACUGGUGAUAAUUAUAAUGGAAAUAAAGUUGACAUCUGGAGUAUGGGUGUUUUACUGUAUGCACUUCUGUGUGGUUUCUUGCCAUUUGAUGAUGAAAAUGUAACAAAACUUUACAAGAAAAUACAGAAGGGCAGAUACUUUUGUCCAUUAUGGUUAUCAAGUGAAAGCAAGGAAAUGUUGCAACAGAUGUUACAAGUUGAUCCUAAUAAAAGGAUAUCAAUUGAAGGACUAAAAUCUCAUCCAUGGAUUUUGAAUGGAUUUGAAUCUUCAAAUUGGGAUUCAUACAAAGAAGUGGAAGAAUUUGAUCCUGACUGUUUAGCAGAAUUGGCUGUAUAUUAUAAACGGUCAAUGAGAUCCAUUGAAAUUUCUUUAAAUCAAAGUAAAUUUGAUUAUUUAGAUGCUACUUAUCAUCUUUUAUUGUUAAAGAAAAGAUCUGGAAAACCACUUUUGCUGCGUAGGCAACAAUCUAUACUUAAAGAAUCAAAGUUCAGCAACAAUAUAUCUAGUGUUUUUGAUACAUCUCCUAUGUUAAAGACAGUUUCAAUGGAUAGCAUUAUGGAUUCAGAAUUGCUUGCAUUGGGAAGCCCUCAGAAGCUGUCUGAGACUUCUGUGCAUUCAUCUAAAACAGCUUCACCAAGUAUUGUUACUCCUAAUAAUAAAUCUGACAAAGAAAAUUUUGUUUUGCCACAAGUACCAUCUGCUAAGAAAAAUAAGAGAUCAACGACUUCUGUUAUUAAGAAUAAAUUGAUUUGUAAUGAAAACUGUGGAUUAAGGUCACCGACAGCGUUAGCUUUUUCUGCCUCUUUGGACACAGCUGUGAAUGAAAUUGGUGAACCUUCAUCAGUUAUUAUUCCAUUAUAUACAUCAGAUAAAAGAGCUAAAUCCUUUGAAUCUCCUACAUUAUGUUCAAUGACACCGAAGCGCCGACCUCCAAGACAUAUAGGAUCUUCUGCUAAAAAGGUUUUCGGUAGUAUUGAAAAAGGAUUAGAUUGUGUGAAAAAUCUUCUAACUCCAAAAAAGAGAAUGUGUGGACCUCUUGUACCACGUCAAGUGAAGAAUCUUUGUAAUGUCUCUGCUACAAAUGAUAAAGUGACCCCAGAAGAAGUUUUAGAAUCACUCCAGAAUGCCUUGAUGCGAAAAGGAAUUUCUUGCAAACAGAAAGGAUUUACAUUGCGUGGUAAGAUUUGUGAAGGAAAGAAGAUCCAGCUUCGAUUUGAAUUAGAAGUUUGUCAACUUCCUAAGCAUCAACAUGCUGUUGGAGUCAAGAGAAAAAGGUUGCAAGGCGAUGCAUGGCGUUAUAAGAGAGUUUGUGAAGAAGUUCUUCGACUUGCUCUUCUUGAUGCCAGCAUUGCAACAACUGAUGUGUAGUUAUAUUUAAUCAAUUUUUAACUUGUAUAUAGUAUUGGUUUAAUUUUUAAUCAAGAGCAUCAGCACUCAUCCACAUACUUAACUGUACUUUUGACCUGGAUGGAAAAAAAACUAAUGAAAGUUUGUAAAUAUUUUUUUGCAGUAUUAAUUUGUA